GCGUCUCAGGUUGGCUGUUCCUGGCUGAGCCCGCGGCAACCCCGGCGGCGGCCGGAGCCAGAUGCUCGCGGGCUCUGUGGGCUUCAGGCGUUUUCCUCAGUGGUGCAGCGCCAACUCUCUCCCGCCGGAUAGGGAGACCUGGCGGCGCUCUGCUCGAGAACUCGUAUCUCAGCCUCCGAGCUCCUCCGGAGAAAGCCAAGUGCCACCAGGUGAAGCCGGUGUCCCAGAACAGCCCCGGAACCUCUGCCGCCAGAUUGCACCUUUUGAGAACCGUGACCGCCGAGCGUUUUCCAGCGCCUGCAACGCAGGGCGCGCGGGGACAGUUGGGUCCACUACGUGGGAAGGGGCGACUAGGACACUGAUGAUGGAUGCACAGACCUGGCGCGCGGGAUGUUGCUGUCUCCUCCUUCUGGCUCUGGUUGGGUCUACUCGGAGCGAGGGCGUGCAGAGCUGCGAAGAAGUUCGGAAACUUUUCCAGUGGCGCCUGGUGGGAGCUGUCAAGGGGCUGCCGGAUUCGCCGCGGGCAGGACCUGAUCUACAGGUUUGCAUAUCCAAAAAACCUACCUGUUGCACCAGGAAGAUGGAGGAGAGAUACCAGACUGCAGCUCGCCAAGAUAUGCAGGAAGUUCUUCAAUCAUCCAGCUCCACAUUAAAGUUUCUAAUAUCGCGAAAUGCUGCUGCUUUUCAAGAAACCCUCGAAAAUCUCAUCAGACAAGCAGAGAAUUACACCAGUAUCUUCUUCUGCAACAGCUACAGAAAUAUGGCCUUAGAGGCUACAGCUUCAGUUCAGGAGUUCUUCACUGAUGUGGGGCUCUAUUUGUUUGGCGCAGAUGUUCAUCCUGAAGAAUUUGUAAACAGAUUCUUUGACGGUCUUUUCCCUCUGGUCUACAAUCACCUCAUUAGCCCUGGUGUGACGGACAGUUCCCUGGAAUACUCAGAAUGCAUCCGGAUGGCUCGCCGGGAUGUUAGUCCCUUUGGUAAUAUUCCCCAAAGAGUGAUGGGGCAGAUGGGGAGAUCGCUGCUGCCUAGCCGCACAUUUCUGCAGGCACUGAAUCUGGGCAUUGAAGUCAUCAAUACCACAGACCAUUUACACUUCUCCAGAGAGUGCAGCAGAGCCGUCCUGAGGAUGCAGUACUGCCCUCACUGCCAGGGCCUGACUCUCAGCAAGCCUUGCAUGGGGUACUGCCUCAACGUCAUGAGAGGCUGCUUGGCACACAUGGCAGAGCUGAAUCCACACUGGCAUGCCUACAUCCGGUCAUUGGGAGAGCUGUCGGAUGCCAUGCAUGGAACAUACGACAUUGAACAUGUGCUCCUGAACUUCCACUUGCUUGUUAAUGAUGCCGUGAUGCAGGCUCACCUCGAUGCACAAAAGUUAUCGGAGCAGAUCAAUAAGAUUUGUGGCCGUCCAAUCAGAACACCUACACAAAGCCCCCGUUGUUCUUUUGAUGGAAGCAAAGAGAAGCAUGGGAUGAAGAUCUCUCCAAGAAAUGGUGAAGAGACACUUGCCAACAGAAGAAAGGAAUUUAUCAACAGCCUUAGACUGUACAGGACGUUCUAUGGAGGCCUGGCUGAUGAGCUCUGCGUUAAUGAAUUAGCUGCUGCCGAUGGACUACCAUGCUGGGACGGGGAGCAUAUAGUAAAAAGCUAUACUCAGCGUGUGGUUGGAAAUGGAAUCAAAGCCCAAUCUGGAAAUCCCGAAGUCAAAGUCAGAGGAACUGAUCCUGUGAUAAAUCAAAUUAUUGAUAAACUAAAGCACGUUAUUCAGUUGUUGCAGGGUAGGUCACCCAAGCCCAACAAGUGGGAACUGCAGAUGGGCAGUGGCGGUGGCAUGGCUGAACAGGUCAGCGGGGAGUGUGAUGAUGAAGACGGUUGUGGGGGAUCGGGAAGUGGAGAAGUCAAGAGGACGCUGAAAAUCACGGACUGUAAGUACAUGAUUCUAACACCACUUCUAAAGAAUUAA